AUUUUGAUUGGCCAUGCUCUUAGCUUGAUCCAAUCAUAGAUGUGUUUACAAAAUAGCACUUUGCAUUCUGCUAGAGAGUUUACAAGGUGAAAACUUAAAAGUUUGAGGACACAUAAAUUUUGAUUAAGAAAAGAAUGGAAAAACUAACAGAGAUAGAGUUCACAGGUAUAAAUGUACAGGACAAAGAACCAAGAAACUUCUCUAACAAUGCCUCCAGCAUUUUGAUUCAGGAGGAUGACAUUGAGACACCAUUUGGAAACCUUCAUGUUGCUAUUCAGGGAGACAGGUCAAAGCUUGCCAUUUUGACAUUCCAUGAUAUCGGUCUGAACAACAUCACAUGCUUCCAAGGAUUUUUCAACUUUACGGAUAUGCAGCCAAUCUUGCGACAUUUCUGUGUGUACCAUGUCAAUGCACCCGGGCAGGAAGAUGGCGCUCUCCAUUUACGACCCGAGCAGGAUGCCCUAGGCAACCCAGAUUCACUGGGUAACAGCUACUUGAGAGACCAGUGUUUCACUUACCCUACCAUGGAUCAGCUCGGAGAGGCUAUUCAUUCAGUUGUUAACCACUACAAAAUCAAGAGAUUCAUAGGUUUUGGUGUAGGAGCAGGAGUCAACGUUCUGUGCAGAUAUGCUCUCAAUCACCCUGAACAUGUGGACUCCUUGGUGUUGAUCAAUGGAUCAGCAGACAAAGCGGGCUGGGUGGAGUGGGGAUACCAGAAGCUAAAUUCUUGGUAUCUGUGGAGAGGAAACAUGACCACAUUCACAGAAGACUACCUCCUCUGGCACUGGUUCGGAUCAAAAACCCAAUGGGAAAACUACGAUUUGACAACUGUUUACAAAGAAUACAUUAAGAGCAUCAACCCUCAGAAUCUUUCACUCUUGAUUGAAUCCUAUCUUGCGAGAACCCCUCUGGGCAUCGAAAGAGAAUUGGAUCCAGUGAGAAGAAUUGGAACCAAAACUCUGACAUGCCAGACAUUGUUAAUUGUUGGUGAUGACUCCCCUCAUUUGGAUGAAACUGUUGAACUAAAUGGAAAGAUGGACCCAGAAAAAACAGAUUUUCUCAAGAUCCAGGAUUGUGGAGGGAUGCCUUUGGAAGAACAACCAGGAAAAGUGUGUGAAGCUUUCCGUCUAUUCUUACAAGGAAUGGGAUAUGUCCCAACUCUGCGACAGAGUACCAGCACAGUGUCACAAGUCGCCAAGAACUACCAACAGCAGCUGGAUGACUUCAGGGGAACGAAUACUGUGUGCUGAACGACGGGAACAUUCCAGUGACUGAGAUACGCAAACUACAAACAGGCCCAGAGCUUACUGAGCAAUGAAAGCACUGCCCAGUGUUACUGUUUUCUUCAAAUAUUUGUAAAUUUUGUAGAUACCCCACCUAGUGAGAUUUAAGGGACAGCCACCAAUAAACAAGGCUUUGUGUACUUACAGUGUCUGAAUGUGCAAUGCUCUAAUGUGUUCUUUUUUUCUUCAAGUGCCACAUUUUAUUUGGAAGAUAUGAUUUUCAUUGUACAGAUAUGAAGUGAAAGAUGACAAAACACUUGUUUAUUCAUCACUAAGAAUCAUAGAAGAAAGUCGUGAAAUACCUGGAAAAAAUCUAGCUUUAUUAGUGUAGUGCUUUGACAGACAUUAUACAUGUUAUAGCACCUUAGUAUUGAUCGUCUCCACACAAAUGUAGAAAUUUUAUCAUGAAUUACAUGUAUAUUUGUAAAAAACCUCAUCCAUAGAUCUUGUUGCAUUUCAAUGCCAAUUAAUUGUGUAUAUAAGUUUGCAAUGUUUUGUUCAAUUGAUAUUUAUUGUUGAAGAUUUUUAUACUGUACAGCUUUACUUUUUACAUGUACAUAUCCAUUACAUUUUCAAUUUGCUUGUAUCAUAGUGUACAGCUGAUUACUGACAACCAGUUUGUUUUUAUUGUUUUUUGCAAUAAAUCAGGAAACAAGAA